AUGAAUAAGAAUCAUAGUGUUUUUGGCAAAACAAUACCAGAAAAAUUCAGUAUUUCUGGAAAACAAUCUUUAACAGGAAGACCAUCAAUGGUUGGGAGAGUUUCUAUAGGAAGAACUUCAACUGGUAGAUUGUCAUUGGCUCGACAGUCACUUGUAGGACAUAAUCGUACUGUUCCAGGAUCACAAAUACGUCGAAAAGCUGGACUUUCUUCGAAAGAUAUUGAAGAGAAUUCAAAGAUUCUGAGGGAAUUUGUUUUCGAUCAUAAUGUAUUUGAUGCAGAGUCUGCUAUUGUUAGCAAGGAUUUUAAUUAUGCAACAGAAUUAAAUUUUCUUGACUAUCUUCAAAUAAUUAUUUAUCAAAUUACUGACGACUAUCAAUGUGCAAAACUUGAAAAAGAUUUAAAUUUUUGGUUAUCAGCUUUUGGUAUUGAUCCUCUUCAACCAACAAUGUUUACAAAUCUUCGUAACAAUUGGAAAUAUGUUGUUGAAGGUCUUGUUAAAUUAAUAAGAGUAAUCCAAUGUCGUAAUGAUGUACAAAAAAGUAAGGAAGAUGAUGAUGAAGGAAUUUCUUUUGAACUAUGGAACGAUGCAAAUUUUCUAGAAUUAUUUUUUACUACUAUUGAAAACAUGAAUGGAUCUAACAAAUGUGAACCAGAACACUACAAGGAAGGAUUAAAAAUUUAUAUGGAUGAGUAUGUUAAAUACACUUCAGAUAUUGAUGACGAUAUUGAAUCAUUGAGAUCACGAGCUGAUUUUUUGAGGAGAAAGAAAAAUGAUCUUGAUGAAAUUCGUGCAGAAAUAGAAAAAGAGAAGUGUGCUGUAGAAAAAAUGAAAAUAGAUGCAGCUAGUUUAAAAAAAUAUUCAUGUGAUUUAGAUGAAAAUAUAAUGAAAUUUCAAGAAUUAAUUAGACAAAGUAAUGAAAAUUGUAUGAAAAAACAAGAGGAGGUUGAAAAUGCACAUAAAAAAUGGAUUGAUACUGUUGCCGAUGUUACAAAUCAACGCUUUAGCAAAGAUGAAGCUCGUGAAUAUAGUGCUAGGAAUGUACUUAUUGCAAGUCAUAUUCAAUCUAUUGAACAGCAAAAUAAGAUGCUGGAAGAGGAGUAUUCUACAAAGUUGGCUGAAGUUUCAGAACAACUAAAAGUUGUUGAAGUUGCAUCUGCUGAAUUAAUUUCUCGUGUACAAAAAUUAGACACUAGAAUUGGAGGUGAACCAUUGUUCCGAUUAAAUAAUAUCAAAUCUAUUGAUAUGUUUGGUGAUAUCGAUGCACUCUCACAACAUUAUGAUGAAAAUAUUUAUCCAGUUGUUGAAAGAUUAAUUGAAAAAAUAGAUUUAAUGUAUACAAAAAAAAAAGAAGAGGCUGUUCGUGCUGAAAAAACUCUUUCCGAAACAAUUAAAGCAUGUCAAAAAUUGUGUCUUGAGUGUGAUAAACUUGAGAUUCGUAACCAAGAUCUUGGUGAGAAGGUUAAAGCUGACACUCAGAAAAUGAAUGAAGAACUUCAAAAUGAAAUUGACAAAAAAGAAAAACUAAUUAAAGAGAUAGAAUUAGUAGAAAAUUUCUCUAGUGAUUAUAAGAACUUCGGACUCGAAGAUUUGAAAAAUGAGAUUAUUGAGUAUAAGGAAAAAUCUCAUAAAUUUAUUGAACGUAAAAAAGAAAAAUUAAAUUUUAAGAUGAGUGAAGAUAAUGAAUGUAUGAAAAGACUUGAAGUCAUGAAAGACCAAAUUAACAAAGUUCUUGUAGAUAAUAAAAGAAUUUUGCAAGAAAUUUGA